UUUCUAACUAACAUAAAUUAUAAGGCAUUUGAAAAUAUUUUUUAAACCAUCAUAAACCAUUCACAAGUAUCAAUAAGAUGAUACAUAAAAUUACAAGUUUGUUUUAUAUUAUAUGUUUCUGUACAGUUAUAAGUGACUGUUUCAUCCCAAAUGUUAAUUAUAGAAUCAGAGAUUUUUGUAUUGAAGACACAGGGGUAACUAUCGCGAUGGUUGAUAACUUGCAGAUUAAUCCACAAAAAGAUUUUACUGUUGAGGAAAGUUGUUAUAUUCAUUGUGCCCUUACUGAAACUGGAUUUCUGUCAGAAGAUGGGUACAUCAACGUCAAUAUGUUUGCAGAACUUAAAACUGAGAUGUCAGAAGAAUCAGAUAUCGACCUAAAUUGCCUUGCAGAAAUGUCUAAAAUUGAACAUUGUGACGAAAUGAUGGAACUUCGAAAAUGCCACGUUUAACUGAGUUGAACACGAUUAAUAUUGUUGGUGAUUUAUUUAGACAUAAAAAUCAAAUAAAUCAAUUAGAAUAAUAAUAGAAAGAAGGAAAUUUAUUUUGAUGCACAGGUUGCCAUU